AUGGCAAGUGCACAAGUGCAGCCAGAACUCUUCACCAGGCCAUUUGUUAAGGCUGUUAUGUGUGAAUUUGUAGCCACCAUGCUCUUCAUUUUUGUUGCUCUGGGUGCAGCCUUCAACUGGCCCUUACAACAGCCCAGCGUCCUCCAGAUCUCAUUGACUUUUGGUCUAGCCAUUGCUACCUUGAUUCAAGUAUUUGGUCACAUCAGCGGUGCGCAUAUCAACCCAGCGGUAACUAUUGCCUUCUUUGUAGGGAACGAAAUUUCCAUCUUCCGUCUGGUGUUCUACGUGGCAUUACAGUUGAUGGGAGCUAUUGUUGGUGCAGGGCUGAUCUAUUCAUUGACACCUAGCAAGGUCCAUGGAACAUUAGCCCUCAAUGACCUCUCUGAUGACGUAUCCCCGGGUGAGGCACUGGUGGUAGAAAUAAUCCUGACUUUCUUUGUGGUCAUGUGCAUCUUCUCCUCCACUGAUAAACGCAGAACUGAUAAUCAGGACAAUCCUGCUUUGGCUAUUGGCCUAGCUGUCACCAUGGCUCACCUUACUGGGAUUAAUUACACGGGAUGCUCUAUAAAUCCAGCAAGAUCAUUUGGACCCGCCAUUGUAUUGGGGAAAUUCAGCUGUAAUCACUGGGUCUUCUGGAUGGGACCCAUCACUGGUGCGACCUUGGCCUCUGUAAUAUAUAACUACGUUCUUUACCCUCACAAGCUGACCAUGGAUGAGAGAAUGGCUAUUAUUCAAGGUGUCUUCAAUCCAGGACAUGAACGAAGAACUUCAUCAGAAGUUAGCAUCAGCUCAGGGCCAGAUCUACAUUUCUGGGGCCCUGAAGCUUGA